AUGGUGAUGAUGACAAACAGCAGCCUGGAUUUUUCCAUUCUCUCUCUCUCUCUCUCUCUCUCUCUCUCUCUCUCUCUCUCUCUCUCUCACUCCCUCAGUUUUUCUGUCUGCCUGCCUCUCUCACACACACGCACACACGGUAUGUCUCUUUUUGUCUGUCGCUAUACCUCUCCCUCUCUCUCUCUUUCUGUCUCUGUCACUUUCUGUCUCUGUCUCUCUCUCUCAGUUUUUUGUCUCUCUCUCUCUCUCUCUCUCUCACACACACACACACUGACCUCUGUCUUUCUCUCUUUCUCUCUCUUUCUCUCUCUCUCUCUCUCUCUCUUCGCUCUCUCUCUCUCUCUCUUUCUCGUUCUCUCUCUUUCGCUUUCUCUCGCUCGCUCGCGGUCUUUUUCUCUCUCUCGUUCUCUCUCUCACUUUGCUCUCCCUCUUCGCUCUCUAUCUCUAGCUCGCUCUCUCUCACUCUCUUUCUCUCUCUUUUCGCUUUCUCUCUCUUCGAUCUCUCUCGCUCGCUUUUUCUCUCUCACUCUCUUUCUCUCUCUCCACUUUCUCUUUCUUCGCUCUCUCUCCCGCUUUCUCUCUCUCACUCUCUUUCUCCCUCUUUUCGCUUUCUCUCUCUUCGCUCUCUCUCAAUCUCUUUCUCUCUCUCUUCGCUCUCUCUCUCGCUUUCUCUCUCUCAAUCUCUUUCUCUCUCUCUCUUCCUUUCUCCUCUUCCUGUGUCUCUCUCUUGCUAGCUCUCUCUCUCUCUUUUCACUCUCUUUCUCUAUUCGCUCUCUCUCUCUUCGCUCUCACUCUCUCUCUCUUCGCUCGCUCUCUCUCUCUCUCUCUUCGCUCGCUCUCUCUCUCGCUCGCUCUCUCUCUCGCUCGCUCGCUCGCUCUCUCUUUCUCGCUCUCUUCGCUCUCUCUCUCUCGCUCGCUUGCUCACUCUUUCUCUCUCUCUUCGCUCUCUCGCUCUCUCUCGUUCGCUCUCUUUCUUUCUCUCUUUCUCUUCGCUCUCUCUCGCUCUCUUUCUUUCUCUCUUUCUCUCUUCGCGCUCUCUCUCUCUCUCUCGUUCUCUCUCUCUUUCACUCUCUUCACUCUCUCUAUCUCUCUCUCUCUCUCUCUCCCUCUCUCUCUCUCCCUCCCUCUCUCUCUCUCUCUCUCUCUCUCUCUCUCUCUCGUUAUUUCCUUUUGUCAUCUUUAUUCUUGGUUCUUAUUGUCUCUUCAAAAAUCACAUCACAGUUAUUACAACUCUUACAAAGGCCCCUCCCCGCACCCGGUGCACCUUUGCUCCCGGUCCCCGAGGGGAGGGGAGUAGCUGACCCCUCAGAAAAUCAUUUCCUCUACGAAGCCCGUCAACGAGGGGAGGGGCUAGCUGCCCCCUCAGAAAAUCAUUUCCUCCUUUUGCUUGUUUUUCUUUCUCACUUAUAUGCCCCUUUCUCCCCUUAA